AUGAUGAUGCUGACCGAUCGUCUCAUCAGAUGCAACAAAUGUGAUGACACAUCUUUUUCACAUUUCGAUUGCCGUAUUCACGAGUGUCAGUCGAUUUCUUUGGAGGAUCUAAUCCGACCAGUUCGACAAGGUGAAAGGAUCAUUGUAGCAUCCAUGACGACUACAACUCUGCUGUUGAUUACGAGUAAUAUAAUCUUAUUUUUGUCAUCAUCAUCAAACGCAUGUCUUGCUGGUGGUCAACAGUGCUGUCCAGCUUCGGCACUAUCAUGCGCUCCAUCGAUGCCACGAUGCUCUCCAAGUGCUGGAGUUGGAUGUGCUGGUGGUGGAUUAGGCUGUGGAAUGGGGGGUGCAGGAGGUGGUCUUCCUAUGACAGUUAUUGGAAUUCCGAUGGGAGGAAUCGGAAGUCCAAUUGGUGGAGUAGGGGGACCAAUUAACAGAAUUGGAGGAGGUGCAAUUAAUGGAGGUGGCAGUUACGCAGCACCACCAAUUGCUUCAUAUAAUACAGGCGGUGGUGGUUAUAGCUCGAAUGUUGGUGUAGCAAUGCAAAAUGCUGCUUCAAUAGGCGGCUAUAAUGGAGAAGGUUCCAAUUUAAUCAAAGAACCCUUGCCUAGCAUCAACGAACGUCGUCAGUCUAACGGAGCUUCAUUCCAAGCUGACAACCUUCCGGCUGCUCCACAGCCUUCUCAGUCCUACAGCGAGGACAACGCUCCAUCAGUGAUUGAAGGUGCAGCACCAGCUUCGUUAGAACCAGCAUUAGUCCCUUCAGCAUCCGACUCAGUCCCAGCUCCAGCACCAGCACCAGCGCCCGCUCCUGCACCCGCUCCUGUACCCGCUCCUGCACCCGCUCCUUUGCCGGCUCCAGCUGAAGAUAAUCGAUUCGAACAAUCAACGGACAGUAUGUACGAUGAAAUUGUGGGUGGAAGUAACGGCAAGACAUCAACAGAUACUGAGGCUAGUAUUGGUACUUACAGUCAAAACAAUGCACCAUCAAAUGUUGAAGUUGCACCAGCUUCAACAUCUGGCGAUCAAACUUACGGCGAUGCAGUGGAGACAGCAAUUAAUAACAUUGAUCGUGAUGUCAAUCUGGAUCAAUCGUCGAACACAUUCGAAACAAAUACUGCAAACGAUAAUAAUCAGAUAGGCAGCGAAUACGGCCAAGAAACAAAUGUAGAAUCAGCGACUGAGCCGGUUAGCCCUGAAAACGAAUCAUCAACUUGCGAUGAUCCCGAGCUAAAAGUCAUCGUUGAGAAUGCGCUAAGCACAGAAAGUGACAACUUGGAAGCGGCUCGAAAAAUCGAAGGAGAAGCGGCCAAAAAGUUCGGCGGACGCUUUAAUUCGAUUGUUUCCGAUUCAGAAUUUGCUUAUGUGAACUGGUACGGUAAACGUAACUGUCAGUUGCGAGUGUUGAAUAGGCAUUCGUUAACAUGGGAGGACUGA